AUGAAGUUAAGAAUUAUCAGGAGAAGGGAUCGAGAUGGAAGGACAUAUAACCUACCAACUGCUUCUGAGGUUGCCGCUUUAAUUAUAGGUGACAUUUGUGAUUCAGUUGAAUAUAUAGAUAUCGUUGUUGAAACUAGAUCCGGAUUUCUACAACGUAUCAGUGAAUUGCAUCAUUCUUACCUUACUCUCCAAUAUCCACUACUAUUUCCAUAUGGGGAUGAUGGUUACAACGUUGAUAUUCUUCAUAGAGGUGUUACAUCUACAACCAACAUCAAGCGCGCAAAAUAUGAUUAUACGAUGAUUGAAAGUGAGAGAUUGUAUUACAUACGUAGGCAACAACAUGUUCUUAGAUGUGAGUCUUAUGAGAAUUUACGUAACCAAAAAGCUCAAGGAACUACAACUAUCUCCAACGUCGGCCAACGUGUGAUAUUACUUUCAUCUUUUACUGGUGGUGCGCGCUAUAUGCUGCAAAGCUAUUUGGAUGCCAUGUCGUUAUGUAAAUGGUUUGGAUAUCCUGAUUUCUUCAUAACCUUUACGUGUAAUCCCAAAUGGCUAGAGGUUAAAAGGUAUCCUUCUGUGGUUAGACUGCCUAUUCAUCUUCCUGGUCAACAACAAAUUGGAUAUAGGGAAGACGAUGAUAUUGACGAUGUUCUCGACAAACCUUAUGUUGCUUCUUCAAUGUUCACAGCUUGGAUGGAGUGUAAUGCAGUUAAUGGUGAUGCACGGAAACUUACGUAUGUUGAAUUUCCUACAAAGUUUGUUAGGAAAUGUGGGGAAGCUUAUUUCUUAAGGAUUUUGUUAAGUAAGGUGAAAGGUCCGAAAUCAUUUGAAGAAAUUCGCACAGUAAAUGGUGAAGAAUAUUCUUCUUUUAGAGAUGCUUGUUAUGCUCUUGGGCUCUUGGAUGAUGACAAGGAAUACAUCGAUGCAAUCAAAGAAGCAAGUCAUUAUGGAUCUGGUUUUUACAUACAAUUCUUAUUUGCUACAUUGUUGAUGUGUAAUAGUAUGUCUAAACCGGAGGUUGUUUGGGAAAACACAUGGGAAUAUUUGGCAGAUGGAAUUCUUUAUAACCAACGACAGAGAUUCAAGUCUCCAGACUUAUCAUUCAAUGAAGAUCAACUUAAGAACUUAACUUUGUUCGAGAUAGAACAAGUUUUACUUCGGAACAAAUUGAGUCUAAAAAGUUAUAAAAACAUACCUAUCUCGGAUGUUGAUUCUGUUUCUUCUUCAAACUAUCGACUUAUCACCGAGGAGCUUGAUUAUGACAUUCCCGUUACGAAGACUGAGUUUGAUCGUAUGUUUCUUGCAUUGAAAAAUGAGCAGCGUUACAUUUUCCUUGAUAUCAUGAGUGCAGCUAAAGAAAAUAAAGGAGGUGUCUUCUUUGUUUAUGGUUAUGGUGGAACUGAUAAAAGUUUUUUAUGGAAGACAAUAUCUGCAGCUAUUAGAAAAGAUGGUCAUAUUGUUUUAAAUGUUGCUUCAAGUGGGAUUGCUUCAUUAUUAUUGCCCGGAGGUAGAACAGCACACUCUCGAUUUAUAAUUCCAUUUGAACUAACAGAGGAUUCUGUUUGUAGAAUAAAUCGAGAUAGUGACCUCGCUAGCUUAUUGAGAAAAACCUCAUUGAUAAUUUGGUAUGAAGCUCCUAUGGUCCAUAAGCAUGCAUUUGAAGCUUUAGAUCGAAGUUUGAAAGAUGUAUUCAGGUCUGAAAAUUCUAGCAACUCAGAUAUUCCGUUUGGAGGGAAAGUUAUUAUUUUUGGAGGAGAUUUCAGACAGAUUCUACCUGUUAUUCCAGGUGAAAGUAGACAAAACAUUGUUAAUGCUUCUUUAAGUUCUUCAUAUUUAUGGAAACAAUGCAAGAUCCAUAAAUUAACAAAAAACAUGAGACUAACUGUUGGAAUGGAUCAAUCUGAUAUAGAAAAAAUCAGAGAUUUUGUAAAAUGGUUGUUGGAUAUAGGAGAAGGAAAACUUGGUGGUAUCAACGAUGGAGAAACGGUUAUUGAUAUUCCAAAUGAUAUUCUCAUUAAUGAUCCACAUGAUCCUAUAGGUUCAUUAAUCGACUUCGUAUAUCCUUCAAUUUUGGAAAAGUACAACAAUACAAGCUAUUUUCAAGAAAGAGCAAUACUUGCUCCAAAGAAUGAAGUGGUUCAGGAAAUAAACGACUGUUUGCUAUCGAAGUUUCCAGGAGAUGAGAACCCUAGCUACUCAAUUGAUUUCGAGAUGCUUUCGAUCCUAGUUUGCAAUAAGAGGGAAAGAAAAUGGAGUAGAAAGAGCCGAUGAUGGAGGCGACAUCUGUUUCCGGUGAGACAACGGAGUAGAGAGAACCGAUGAUGGCGACUGCAAUGGUUUCCAACAAGACGCAUCGGGAAGAGAGAGUCGACGACGGUGGCGUUCUGGUGUUUCUGGUGAUGUUAGCUCCGAUUUUUAGUGGUUCCUGAUGAAACCGAUGGAAGCAAUAUUUGAUUCAGGUUUUGAUUUGGGUUACCUUUUUGUUUUUUUUGGGUUGAAGAUGGGUUGCAAACUUUGAAUCUGGUUGAAGACAAAAAUUUGAUUUUCACAAGCUUUUGAGACUGGUUUUUUUCCUACAAUCUGCAUGUGGCUUUUUUAGUGGCAUUGGCAAGAGAACAAGAGGCCGAAAUAUGUAGGUGUUUCCGGAAUCUGUAGGUUUGGUGUUGGCGGAAUAUGCAGGUAUCACCGGAAUAUACAUGUGUCGCCGGAAUCUGCAGCGGUGGCAGUCGACUGCAACAUUGGUGGUGAUGGUCGACGACAAUGGUGGUAGUGGCGGUCAACGAUAAUGGUGGUGGUGGUGUUGAAUGGUAGUGUUGGUGGUGGUGUUAGUUGGGGGUAGGGUUUUUUUAUUUUUCUAAUUAGGAAAUUGUAAUUAGGAAAUUGUAAAUAUAUAAAUAAAUGGAAAAACGAAACGAAAACAAACUAUAGGGACGGUCCGAAUGCAAAACAAAAGAUAAGGACCAAAAGCGGAACUUUUUCAAACCAUAGGGACAUU